GGCUCGGAGCGCGGGAUGGCGCGACCGCCGCGGCGGCGCCCGGGGGCCUGGGGGCCGCUGCUCUGGCUGCUGCUGGCGGGGCCCGGCACCUGCGCCGCCAGCCCCGCGGACGACGGCGCGGGCCCGGGGGGCCGGGGACCCCGGGGCCGCGGGCGGGGGGACUCGGGCGCCGACGAGGCGGCGCCGCGCCACGACUCCUCCUACGGCACCUUCGCGGGGGAGUUCUACGACCUGCGCUACCUGUCGGAGGAGGGUUAUCCUUUCCCUACUGCUCCUCCUGUGGAUCCAUUUGCCAAAAUCAAAGUGGAUGACUGUGGAAAAACUAAGGGAUGCUUUAGAUAUGGCAAACCGGGCUGCAAUGCGGAGACCUGUGACUACUUCCUUAGCUACCGGAUGAUAGGGGCUGAUGUGGAAUUUGAGCUGAGUGCUGACACAGAUGGUUGGGUAGCAGUUGGAUUCUCUUCAGACAAGAAAAUGGGUGGUGAUGACGUCAUGGCCUGUGUCCACGAUGACAAUGGCAGGGUCCGCAUACAGCACUUCUAUAAUGUAGGCCAGUGGGCAAAGGAGAUCCAGAGAAAUCCUGCCAGGGAUGAAGAAGGAGUCUUUGAGAACAAUCGGGUCACCUGCAGAUUUAAACGCCCUGUGAACGUUCCCAGAGAUGAAACAAUUGUCGAUCUGCAUUUGAGUUGGUAUUACCUGUUUGCUUGGGGUCCAGCCAUUCAGGGCUCUAUCACCCGACACGACAUAGACUCACCACCGACUUCGGAGCGUGUUGUCAGUAUUUACAAGUAUGAAGAUAUUUUUAUGCCAUCAGCUGCCUAUCAAACCUUCUCCUCUCCGUUUUGUUUGCUUCUCAUUGUUGCCCUGACCUUCUACUUAUUGAUGGGAACCCCUUAACCACAGCUACAAAGCCAACAUGUUAAACGGAUUAGAAAGUCUUUAGUAUAAAUAUAUUUUUAAAGAAUAUGCAGUAUAAUUUUAGCUUUUCUUAUUUAAAAAAAAAAGACUGCUAUGAUUUCAGUUUUUUUGGAAGAAAGAGCAAGCUGCUUUUCUAAUCAAAGAGGAUUGUUUAAUAUUGAUCCCAUACUUUUGGAAAGUACUUAAAAAUUUUUCUAAGCACUUUCAAAUGUGUUUUCUUAUUUGAGCUUCAUAACAUCUCUGAGUUGGCUUGAUGAAAAUUAUUAGUGCCAUCUUAAUGGGAUUUGAGGUCAAGGAAAGCUGUCUUUUUUUGGUGACCCACACGCCAUGUGGCCUUGGCUACUUGGUCCGGUAACAUGUAGCAAGGUAGAGAAAGAGCAAGGCAUAGGGAUUCUCAACAACCUUUACUCUUCCAACUACAGCUCAGGAGAGUUACUUGAAGCAUUACUAAAGAGCACUUCACUGGAUGGCCCUAGUUCACAAUCAGCCUUUUAAGGAGAAGUUUUCAAUUUCCCUGAGUGUGUUUGGAUGUUUACACAGCUGAUGGGGGAGAAUGGGAAAGAUUACAAUGAUAAGAUAAUCAUUCGUAUUUACUUGAAAUUUCUCCUUAGUAGUUAUGAGAAAAUAUUUGUUACUGCUGUUUGGAAAGGUCAGAAACAGAACUGUGAGUGUUCUUGACGACGUAAAACUAUAUUAAUGAUAUUAAUUAAUGAUUAAAAAAUAAGAGCAUUCAUAGUGGUUAGAAUUUGGACUCUUCUAUUACUGUAUUUUAUAAGUUACGUGAUUCAUCUGUGGUUAUAGCUAAUUCUGUUGUCAGAGUCGAGAUCAUGGAACAUGGUUAACUAUGUUUUAUAAUAGGCAAAUCAUCUUAAUAGAAAAUUUAAGGCAUUUUGAAAAACAACAUUUUUGGAGAUUGUGGGGAUUUGAAGUAGAAACUUUUUAUAGAUGAAAUUUCUUUUUUAAAUCAGAAAAUGGGAGAUGACCCCUAGAGUGAAUUCACCUAGAGUUUCCACUCAACAAGUUCAGACUUGUAAACUGGACCAGCAGUUAGCAGAACUUAUCAUAAAGCCUUGACUUAGUGCAUUCCCUUUUUUCAAAGGAGCCCAAAUGUUCCUUUGUUCUAAAUAUCUGUGCUAACAGCCCAUUCACAGGAAAAGAGUCUAUGGGGUGUCUUUGAGUUGCUGAUGGAUUUCCAUUGUAGAGUUUUGCAGUCCUCUGGCUUGCCCCCUUUCUUGCUUUAGACCUGGCUCCAAUUUUGUGGAUUUUGUGAUUAAACAAGAAUGAAGACUGAUUUCUAAAGCCAUCUUUGGAAUUCACGGCAGGGUGAAAGUCUGCCUGAGGGGAAAGCUUUCAAAUUCUGGAACUGUACAAAAACAAAGAAAGCGUUGAGCUUCUAUGACACACAGUCUACCAAGUGAUGUAGGGAGAAAUAAUCCUCAUUGGAGAUGGGGAGAGUUUAAAUGACAUUAAGUGAGCAAAAGAACUGGGUAGGAUUCAAACUCAGGUCAUCUGGCUCCAGUGUGUGGCUCCACCUCCUUGCCAUGGCCUUGGAGCUAAGCCCUCCCAUCCCCGCUGAGGGUGGCCUGUGCAUACCUUCUGAACUAUAGUGGUUGUUCAGUAGUGGGGAUACAGAGUAUGCAGGCACCCACUGUGUAAAUAAGAAGGCAAAUAUUUUUAUACGUCACUCUCUUAUGUAUAUAGUAUUUCAGCUAUAAAUAGGUUAAGACUAAAGAGAGCCGGGCUAGCCUCUAUAGCAGGCAGGGAAGGAGUACAUUAACGGAUUUUCCCUCUGCUUACAUUUCAAGUCAAGCCAAUUAUUUCACGAAUUAUUUCCACAUCCAUAACCAGUCUUGCAUAUUUGUACUUAGAACUUUCUCUGACUUCUAAUUGCCAUUAGGGUAAAAUGAAAUCCAUUUUGAUUACCUCCAAAAUCAUCUUUUGCUACCGUUGCUCACUUGCAAUGUCCCGGCAAGACAGUUGCUUUCAAGUCACCCCUCAUGGUGUUGCCUGUGUCCAGACUCUUCCACUUCUGGUGCUUGCUAAACUCUUUCAGCUCACAGCUUCUAUAUUUCUUCCAAUCUCCUGGACUAGAUAGGUUGGGGUCCCCACCACAUGCUCCCACAGCACGCUGGGCUUACCCAUCCUGUCGUUCACCACACUUUCCUGCAAUCCCUUGCUUGCGCUCCCUUGCUAGCUCCCUAAUGCAGGGACCUUUUCUUGUUGCUCAUCUUAACAGACACUCUAGGCACUCAGCAAACACUUGGUUGGACAGAAGAAGUAAGUGAAGCUGUACUCUUGCAGCAACUUUGUGUGGUUCAGAGGCUUGUAUUUCAUAUACAGUGCCAGCCUGGCUGGCAUUUUUCAUUUCUUUUUUUUUUUAAUUUUUUUUUUUAAUUUAUAUAGUCACAGAGAGAGAGAGAGAGAGAGAGGGGGGCAGAAACACAGGCAGAGGGAGAAGCAGGCUCCAUGCACCGGGAGCCCGACGUGGGAUUCGAUCCCAGGCCUCCAGGAUCGCGCCCUGGGCCAAAGGCAGGCGCCAAACCGCUGCGCCACCCAGGGAUCCCCGGCAUUUUUCUAUUUUCACCUGUGAUCAAACCAUAAACCAUUUCUUUAGCAAACAUUGAACCUUUGAAACACAGAGAGUCAGUGAAUACCAAUGCUGUUUUGCCCUGCGGUGAACCUUAAUUGAUACUUUUAACAAUAAUUAUUCUUCGCAAAUAAGAAUUAACAGAGCAGGGAUGCAGAACAGCAUUUGACUGUCAUUUCAGAGGAUCGUUAGUUUAUAGGCACACUGAAAUUAAAAUUCUGUAGACUUCAGUUUCAUUUAUUCUUACCUAACUGAGAGUAAAUUUCUGUUUUAUCUCUGUAUUCUCAAUUUCCAUAGUAAUUGUCAUAGGGGAGAUGCCUAACCAAUGUUUUAUGGUUUUUUAAUUUUUUUAUUAUUUAUUGAUUGGUUGAUUUUAUAAAUUUAUUUUUUAUUGGUGUUCAAUUUGCCAACAUAUAGAAUAGCACCCAGUGCUCAUCCCAUCAAGUGCCCCCCUCAGUGCCUGUCACCCCCACCCCCACCCACCUCCCCUUCCACCACCCUUAGUUCCUUUCCCAGAGUUAGGAGUCUUCAUGUUCUGUCUCCCUUUCUGAUAUUUCCCACUCAUUUUUUUCUCCUUUCCCCUUUAUUCCCUUUCACUAUUUUUUAUAUUCCCCAAAUGAAUGAGACCAUAUAAUGUUUGUCCUUCUCCGAUUGACUUAUUUCACUCAGCAUAAUACCCUCCAGUUCCAUCCACGUCAAUUCAAAUGGUGGGUAUUUGUCGUCUCUAAUGGCUGAGUAGUAUUCCAUUGUAUACAUAAACCACAUCUUCUUUAUCCAUUCAUCUUUCGAUGGGCACCGAGGCUCCUUCCACAGUUUGGCUAUUGUGGAUAUGGCUGCUAGAAACAUCGGGGUGCAGGUGUCCUGGCGUUUCACUGCAUCUGUGUCUUUGGGGUAAAUCCCCAGCAGUGCAAUUGCUGGGUCGUAGGGCAGGUCUAUUUUUAACUCUUUGAGGAACCUCCACACAGUUUUCCAGAGUGGCUGCACCAGUUCACAUUCCCACCAACAGUGCAGGAGGGUGCCCCUUUUCUCCACAUCCUCUCAACAUUUGUGGUUUCCUGCUUUGUUAAUUUUCCCCAUUCUCACUGGUGUGAGGUGGUAUCUCAUUGUGGUUUUGAUUUGUAUUUCCCUGAUGGCCAGUGGCCAGUUUGUUUUUUUAAUAUAUAAAGUGCCAGAGUAGAACCAUAAUAACAGCUAAAUGUAUUUAGUGCUGUUCUAAGCACUUUAUGGGGAUUAACCCAUUUAAUCCUCACAAUACCCAUAGGAUAUAGAUUGUUUUGUUAAGCCAAUUUUACAGAUGAAGAAACUGGGGCUAGUCAUUUGGCAUAAAUGACCAGUGCUGGAAAAAAAAAUGACCAGUGCUGGUAAGAACUUUAGAGAUCAUUUAACCUAAUGCACUAGUUUUACAAGAAGGCAGCUGAGGCCUAGGAAGGUGAAAAGAUUUCAUACAUAUUUGUGUCUUUAUCCACACUCAUUAGUGUGUUUAUUAAAUGGAAUCCACUAUCCACAUUUAAAUUAGGUAGGUGCUUCCCCCCCCCCCCCCCUUUACUGAUUCACAAUAAAUAGGAGGACUUUUGUAGUUCUGUUUGGGGAAAGAGGUACAUUUUUCUUAAACUUUCUUCUCAAAAACAUUUAAAAUCUUUAUUAGGCAUGUUAGUGCUUUUAAUAGGUUUUUGUUUUUUGUUUUUGUCUUUAAUACACAGAUUGGACAAUCCUGGAAGAGUGUAUUUGCCUUAAUGUUUUAGAAGUGAUUUGCCUAAAACCCCAGGUCUUCUCUUUUGGAACCCAGAGCCCUUUUAUAGUUCCACUGUAGUCUCAAAGUUGAAUUUAUGACCAUUAUUUCAGACAAAAUGCAGGAGCCAUAUUCAGUGAUUUUUUUUUUUUAAUAUUCAAUGAUUUUUAAAUUGACUUUUGUCAAAUCAGAAAGUUCGGACAGGUCAGGGAUGGAUUUUUCAUCCCAGGCGGUUUUUACUACAACUUCUGUAAUUAAAUUUACUGUCCAGAUUCUGGGUUUUGUGCUUCCAAGAUGUUACCACUGAGGUUGUGUGUCAUUCUUCGCCCUAGCCUGGGGUCCACAAACUUUUUCUGUAAAGGGCCAGAUGAUAAAGAUUUCAGGCUUUGUGGUCUCUGUUUCAGCUGCUCAACUCUGUUGCAGUAAAUUCAGAAACGAGUAAGCAGCAGUUUUAAUUUCUCUAAGCUGUGGCAAUCAUGAAUGACUCUUACUGGUGAAUUGCUCUUCAUGGUGGGGAUUACAAUGUUUCAGAGUAAUUAAUUUCCCUGUAGAUUUCUUUUUAAGCACUAUCUAAAUCUGUUACACCCAGGGGAGAGUUUUACACACGUGACUAUGGCAUCUCUCUCGUGUGUUCUAGUGAAAAAUGUUUGAGAACCCCUUCACUAGGCCAGAUGCUGAGAUGUAUAUACUUUGUUGUAUAUAAUUGUAGUGUAUAUACUUGUUCUCUAAACAGAACCGGUUAUGUUUAGUGGACAGUUUGAUUAUUCUGAGUGUGUGUGUGUAUAUAUAUAUAUUUGUACAUACAUGAUGAGGUCUGUGUGUGUUUGUACAUAAACGCCUAUAGAUACAUGCCAUGCCCGUGUGAAGGUCUUUGUCAGGAUUGUUCCUCUUACUGAUCUCUUGAAUACUCUAAAACCCAAGAGAUACCACAUUGUGCAUAUUAUAGGCAACACUACCCUUGAGUUUUUAGGAAUUUAGUUUGUAGAAAGGAUUCCUUUAUUAAGCCUUGCCGCCUCCACUCUGCAUUAUGUGAAUGGUUAAGAACGUAUAAAGUAUCACUGUUGAGUUUGACUUGUCUAUACUUUUAGUUAAGAAGCUAAGGCUAAUGUUAAUUAAGUAAAUGGCAUGUUGAUACAACCUACACAUAAUUUGUAUUUAGAUUCCUUAUUCAGAUAUUCAGUUAUUUAGUUUCAAGUUGGACUUCUUUGCUUUUAUAUUUAAUAAACAACCUAAGUCUAAGUUCCUUUUCACAAAAAUAGUGGCUAUGCUAGUGUGAUUUUAAAUACGUCUGGAGACUGAAUAUUGAAGUGAAUCAUCAAGCUUUUUGAGAUUUUUCACUUAAAAUGUACUGAUGCUUCACUGUUUUCAGCCCCCUUACUCCCACAUUUGUUAUUAGGCAAAUAGCUGUUCAGUUCCAUCCUUCUGGAGGGUAAGUGACUCUCUAGUGACGGGGUGUUGGCGGUGGUUGUGGCAUUCACCCAGGUCACCAGAGUAGUUACCAUUUCAUCACGUACAGUGUUCACCUGGAAGAAUGAAUGCAGCUUCUCCACAUGCCUUAUUCCCGCAGACACGCUGAUAUGCUGGAACAAUCUGGCUCCAGGAGUAUUAAUAUACUUUUUUGAGACUGUCUACAAGAUACUAUUUUGUAAAAACUGCCUUUAAAUAGACACUGAUGGGUUAUAUUUGUUUUAUAAUAAUUGUGUACCUAAUGUUCACUUGAAAUUGAUUUUGAGAUUUAUGUAUAUUUAUAAGCCUGACCUAUGUGAAUUUUUACUCUAAGAUGUGAUACCUUACUAAUAAAGACAUGGAUUUCUAUUUAUGUAAAGUAAUUGUAGCAAUAUUCCUAGAUGCUACCUAAACGAUUGUUCUGUCCAUUUGCCAUCUCAGAUACUUUUAUCUUUAGAGGAUUAUGUUAUAGUUAGAAUAUAUAUGAGUUAGGUUAAAACUUUAAAAUAUAAAUUCUCAACAUGGUUUGAACUUCUUCCUGUUGAUAUAAUUAAAGUUAGUUUAUAAUUCCUUA